CUGUAUGACGUGCGGUGUAUGACCGCUCUACCCUCCUCAGAAGGGAGCAGCUACUUUAUUUUCUCGAAAAUGGAAGAAUGCCAUUCUCCCUCGCAACUGGCGGCCAGGACAACCACUUCUCAGUCUGGAGCAGACUCAACGAGCGACACAUGCUAUCAGUCUCUUGAACAUCCAGACACAGCAGCCUCUUCGGCUUCCUCGCCGCCUCCAAUCUACGGCGAAUCAAUGGAUAUAUCCUGUUCCUCGACACCAUUUAGGGAUAUUUCCGCCCCAUCCGAUUGUAAUGAAGGAAUUCAUCUGGUCAAGCCGUCAGCAGAGCACGCUUGGUUACCCCAAUUUCAGAAAGACGGUGUCUUUGUAGCACCGGACGAUAGCCUGGAACGCCGGCUGGAUCUCAAGGCGGGCGACUCGUACUACGCCUCGUCUGUUGACAAUGAUAAUCCGGCCGAUACGUCAACACGGCGUUCUCCAGAAUUAGGAAAGUCUCACGAGCGCGCUGAAGUUGACACUGUUAUUAACGCCCAGCCGUGGAGGAAUGUCGACUACCUUUCCCAUGACUGGAAGGAGGAAGAAAUCCUGUCAUCAUGGAAAUAUAUUACCACUCGCCGAGGUGAGGACCCCAAUAGCGCCCGUUUGAAGAAUGCAUAUUGGAGAAUAUGGACAAAAUACAAAAACAACCUGAAGACUAUGCCCCCCGAAGCACUCAACUGGCUUAAAGAUAGUGAUGCGAGUUGGCUAUAUGGUCCCGUUCAGCAAGGUGCUAGCAAGAUCUACUGUAUGCAGACUGGACCUCCCAGUGCCUCAUUGCUCCAGCCCAACUCACUAGUCAACACUAACAGGAAGACUAUCCUGAAGAAAAGGAGCGUAUCAGAUACCAUACUGCAGAGGCCAUUGUCAACAUCAUCCUUACCCCAGCAGGCAGCCCCAGUGGUCCAGGUGAGGCAGAAAGACAGCCGGCGACUAAGAGAGCUUUCUUUUGAUAGCUUAGCGACGAUGGAUCACAAUAUAUUCCCCUUCCCUUCGAUGCCAAUGAGCCGUGAUACCUCUAGUAUGCUGCCAUUGUCAGCAUACACUGGGAUCUCAUCUUCAGGUGUUGAGCGCAAACACAUCCACUUCAAUUAUAAAGUCGAGCAAUUUAUCGCCGUCGAAGUUAAAGACGACGACGAUGGCGGCGACUGCGAUAUCAGUACCGAUACCAAUUCCGAAGACGGAAUCAUAAUGAAGCUGGACAGGUCGCGAAAGACGGCGAAGGAGGGCAAUUCAUUACUCUCUAAUGGAAAGACGAUCGCGAUGCUUCCAUCAACAACACUAAAACAUCGAGAACAUAUACAAGUCCCAGAAACGGUCAUACGCUACACCUCUAGCGCCUUACAUAAUCAUCGUGUUUCGCCAUUCUCUCCACAAGAGGCAUCUUGUCCACCUAAAGCGUCAGGUAGAUUCUCCGAGGAUUUAAUUGAUGCCGAUACAAACUUAGGCUGGUACACAUCUGGGACUUUCGAAGAACAUGAUCCGCAUCACAUUAUUCCUACAGAGAGCUUGACCGCCGAGCCAGCUGGCAUGCGUCGCACUCCGUCUGGCAUGUUUAUGCCUUAUGAGGAGGCGGUCACAUGUUCAAACAAAGGGAUGUUUUGUCGCGUUAUUGACACCGUUAAAACAGCCAAGGACAUGGCCUAUGUUAUUUGGAAUAGUGGCUGGAGAUGA